GGAGCAUCCCCGGUCCUCCAUCAUUCACUACACAGGCAACACACAGCAACAACGACAACCAUGGCAUCUUCACUUAGCUUCAUCCUUGCUCUUCUCCUCGCAAUCGCUGCCACCGACGCUAUCACUGUCCACGUACUCAACAAGUGCCCCUACACGGUGUGGCCCGGCGCCGUCCCAGUCGGCGGUGGGAGCAGGCUCGACCCUGGUCAGGCGGCGGCCAUUCAAGUCCCCCCGGGCACGGCGGCUGGCAGGAUAUGGGGCCGCACCGGCUGCAACUUCGAUGCCAGCGGCCAUGGGUCGUGCGCCACAGGCGACUGCGGCGGCGUGCUAGCCUGCGCCGCCGGAGGGAAGCCACCCGCCACGCUCGCCGAGUACACGCUGGGUAAGGGCGGCAGCCCCGACUUCUAUGACAUCUCCCUCGUCGACGGAUUCAACGUGCCGAUGAGCUUUGGGCCUACCGGCGGCAGCUGCCACGCGAUCAGCUGCGCCGCGGACAUCAACGCAAAGUGCCCAUCCGAGCUGAAGAUGGACGGAGGCUGCUCGAGUGCCUGCCUCAAGUUCGGCACCCCCAAGUACUGCUGCACGCCGCCGCUUACGCCGUCGACCUGCGGGCCGACGGACUACUCGCGCUUCUUCAAGGGGCUCUGCCCGGACGCCUACAGCUACGCGUACGACGACAAGAGCAGCUCCUUCACCUGCCCCGUCGGAUCAGACUACCAAGUCACCUUCUGCCCAUAGAGGCGAUUGGGAUUCAAUUUACUUUAAUAUAUAAGUCUGUGUCUAUAAUGUAAUGGAAAUAAUGAUGACUAAUGAAUCCACAAAAUUUCUAUUGAAAAAACAUGAUGGAGAAAAAAUGUUUGACAACUUUUUUCAAUUUUGAGGAUAAAAUAGUCAACUUCUUUGUUUUGAGGACGAACAUACUACCCCUUUGAUCCAUAUUGAUUGUCGCCUAUGUAGUAUAAUUUUAUAAUAAAUCAGCGACAA